AUGCCCUGGCUAUCAGACCAACUUGAUCUUCAGACCUCCCCUGGCGCCAGGCAUGUCACCAGCAACGCAGGGGCAAGGCCUGGCUCCGAUCCGUGCGAAGUGCUUCCUGAACUAGUCGGCGGAGAUCACAACGUUCUUCCAUCUUGCGUCCGAGCCCUUGCGCUGUCUAUUGUGGCCAUUGGCUGUCACGGCCGGGCACUCAUAUGCGACGCCUUCGAAGCGCAGUCUUCGGCGCUCCGCGCCCUACAAAACGCCAUCGGCCGCCCUAACAUCCCUCUUUGCGACGAAGUGGCUGCAGCUAUUAUGUACGCUGCUCCCCACGUCAUGCCUUAG